AGCCCAUGUGUAUAAAGAUUCACUGUGCAGCCGAAGGAAGUUCCUUUCCUUUCUCCUGCGUCAGAGAGAAGGCUACAGGGGACGCCACUUUUGUUGCAUUUUAUUCAAGAGAACUCAACGGAAUUAACAAGAUGCCUGAAGAAAUGCACCAAGAGGAGGAGGCUGAGACCUUCGCCUUCCAGGCGGAGAUCGCUCAGCUGAUGUCCCUGAUCAUCAACACCUUCUAUUCCAACAAGGAGAUCUUCCUCAGGGAGUUGAUCUCAAACGCCUCUGAUGCUUUGGACAAGAUCCGCUACGAAAGCUUGACUGAACCCACCAAGAUGGACAGUGGCAAGGAGUUGAAAAUUGAGAUCAUCCCCAACAAAGAUGAUCGCACCCUUACCCUCAUUGAUACUGGAAUUGGCAUGACUAAAGCCGACCUGAUCAACAACCUGGGUACCAUCGCCAAGUCGGGAACAAAGGCCUUUAUGGAAGCUCUGCAGGCUGGUGCUGAUAUCUCCAUGAUUGGUCAGUUCGGUGUGGGUUUCUACUCCGCCUACCUCGUCGCUGAGAAAGUGGUUGUCAUCACCAAGCACAACGAUGAUGAGCAGUAUGCCUGGGAAUCAUCUGCUGGUGGCUCCUUCACUGUUAAAGUAGACAGUGGUGAGCCCAUUGGCCGUGGAACAAAGAUCAUUCUGCACCUGAAAGAAGACCAGACAGAGUACGUUGAGGAGAAGCGGGUCAAGGAGAUCGUCAAGAAGCACUCUCAGUUCAUUGGCUACCCCAUCACCCUGUUUGUGGAAAAGGAGCGUGACAAGGAGAUCAGUGAUGAUGAAGCAGAGGAGGAAAAAGCAGAGAAGGAGGAAAAGGAGGAGAAAGAGGAAGGUGAGGACAAGCCAAAGAUUGAGGAUGUAGGCUCGGAUGAUGAGGAGGACUCAAAAGACAAGGACAAGAAGAAGAAAAAGAAGAUCAAGGAGAAGUACAUUGACCAGGAAGAGCUGAAUAAGACCAAGCCCAUCUGGACCAGGAACCCCGAUGACAUCACAAAUGAGGAAUAUGGCGAGUUCUACAAGAGUCUGACCAACGACUGGGAGGAUCACCUGGCUGUUAAGCACUUUUCAGUGGAGGGACAGCUGGAGUUCAGGGCUCUGCUCUUUAUUCCCCGCCGUGCACCUUUUGACCUCUUUGAAAACAAGAAAAAGAAGAAUAACAUCAAGCUGUACGUCAGGAGAGUCUUCAUCAUGGACAACUGUGAAGAGCUCAUCCCAGAAUACCUCAACUUUGUUCGUGGUGUUGUGGACUCUGAGGAUCUGCCACUCAACAUCUCAAGAGAAAUGCUGCAGCAGAGCAAGAUCCUGAAAGUCAUUCGUAAAAACAUCGUCAAGAAGUGUCUGGAGCUGUUUGGAGAACUGUCGGAGGACAAGGACAACUACAAAAAGUUCUAUGAAGGUUUCUCUAAGAACAUUAAGCUGGGAAUCCAUGAGGACUCUCAGAACCGCAAGAAGCUGUCUGAGCUGCUGCGCUACCACAGCUCCCAGUCUGGGGAUGAGAUGACCUCCCUCACAGAGUACCUGACCCGCAUGAAGGAAAACCAGAAGUCCAUCUACUAUAUUACUGGUGAGAGCAAAGAUCAGGUGGCUAACUCUGCCUUUGUCGAGAGAGUCCGCAAGCGAGGCUUUGAGGUCCUGUACAUGACGGAGCCCAUCGACGAGUACUGUGUCCAGCAGUUGAAAGAGUUUGAUGGGAAGAGCCUGGUCUCUGUCACCAAAGAGGGUCUGGAGCUGCCAGAAGAUGAGGAGGAGAAGAAAAAGAUGGAGGAAGACAAAGCAAAGUUUGAGAACCUCUGCAAGCUUAUGAAGGAAAUCCUUGACAAGAAAGUAGAGAAGGUGACUGUGUCCAACAGACUGGUAUCAUCUCCCUGCUGCAUUGUGACAAGCACCUACGGCUGGACUGCAAACAUGGAGAGGAUCAUGAAGGCCCAGGCACUCAGGGACAACUCCACCAUGGGUUACAUGAUGGCCAAGAAGCACCUUGAGAUCAAUCCUGACCACCCAAUCAUGGAGACUCUCAGGCAGAAGGCUGAGGCUGACAAGAACGACAAAGCUGUGAAAGACCUCGUCAUCCUGCUCUUCGAAACCGCCCUGCUGUCCUCGGGCUUCUCAUUGGAUGACCCACAGACCCACUCCAACCGCAUCUACAGAAUGAUUAAACUAGGCUUGGGUAUUGAUGACGACGAGGUUCCUACAGAGGAAGCCACUACCACAUCUGCCCCAGAAGAGAUGCCUCCCCUAGAAGGAGAAGCUGAUGAUGAUGCUUCACGCAUGGAAGAAGUCGAUUAAAACACCUUUCCUCAAAAUUCAAACACUUAAGCGUCACUUCCCCAAAAUCCAUCUAAAUAAAUGCAGUAACUGCAAAACUUAACAUCAUUCCUUUUGUGUGGUUGACCAGUGUUGCUCUUCUUUGUAGAGCGUUAACGCUGCAAACCUUUUUAAGAAAAGCAAUUUUGUUUUUUGCUGUAAAAGUUAUGGUGACCACACAUUUGUUUUACAAGUUCCCUGUUGCACUGAAUUUUAAAUGUUGGUGUGGUAGAUGUGUGAUUAACAGAAGCGUUGGAUUCCAUAUCGGGUCGGUUCCGGAGGGUUUGGCGGUCUGUUCAUGUGCAACACUGCAUGGAGAAAGGACUGUACCAUUCAUUUGCCUGAGCUCAGGCUUAACUGUAUUCAGUCUUGUUUUUGCAAAAAAAUAAAAUAAAGAUGUAAUACCUUA